UGAAUCAGAACUUCAGUUACAGUGUAUUAUUAACCCUGUUUUGCUGGGCGAGCCCAGUGGCUCUCUGGCCAGCAAGUUCUGGCAAUGAAGCCAGCACCGCUGGUGCAAAGAAUUCUGGGAUGUCUGACAGUGAGAUGGAUGGAAGAACCCAUACUCCAUCUCUGCUCACUGCCCUUCUGUCCAGAAAUCGGGUCGUGCAAAUGAACUACUUGAAAAGUAAAGAACAAGGAUAUGGAAAACUAAGCAGUGAUGAAGACCUCGAAAUAAUUGUUGACCAAAAGCAGGGAAAAGGCUCUAGGGCGGCAGAUAAGGCUGUUGCCAUGGUGAUGAAGGAGAUUCCGAGGGAGGAGUCUGCUGAAGAAAAGCCCCUCCUUACUAUGACCUCGCAGCUAAUGAAUGAGCAGCAAGAAAGCAGACCCCUCCUGAGCCCCUCCAUCGACGACUUUCUCUGUGAGACCAAACCGGAGGCAGUGGCAAGGCCAGUGACGUCCAAUACAGCUGUCCUGACCACCGGCCUAGACCUCCUUGACCUGAGCGAACCAGUCGCUCACACCCAAACCAAAGCCAAGAAGUCAGAAGCCUCAUCAAAAACCUCAUCCCUCAAGAAAAAGGCCGAAGGACCGGACCGGAUCAGCGCGGACACCGAGCAGAGAGGCCAGCCCCUCAGAGCCCCGGAGACGGCCUUGGACCUCGAUAUUCAAACACAGCUGGAAAAAUGGGAGGAUGCUAAAUUCCACGGAGAUCGAAACAGCAAGGGACAGCCGAUGGCAGAGAGGAAAUCCUGCUCGUCCAGGGCUGGGUCGAAAGAGCUGCUGUGGUCCUCGGAGAACAGGUCUCAGCCCGAACUGAGUGGCGGGAAGAGCGCCCUGAAUUCUGAGUCGGCUGCAGAGCUGGAACUAGUCGCUCCAGCACAGGCUCGACUGACCAAGGAGCACCGCUGGGGCAGCGCGCUGCUUUCUAGAAACCACUCCUUAGAAGAAGAGUUUGAAAGGGCGAAGGCAGCAGUAGAGUCCGAUACAGAGUUUUGGGACAAGAUGCAAGCAGAAUGGGAAGAGAUGGCCCGGAGGAACUGGAUAUCCGAGAACCAGGAAGCCCAGAACCAGGUCACGGUCUCAGCCAGCGAGAAGGGAUAUUAUUUCCACACCGAAAACCCCUUCAAGGACUGGCCUGGGGCAUUUGAAGAAGGCUUGAAAAGGCUGAAGGAAGGGGACCUGCCUGUCACCAUCCUGUUCAUGGAAGCCGCGAUCCUGCAGGACCCAGGGGAUGCAGAGGCAUGGCAGUUCCUCGGGAUAACCCAAGCAGAGAACGAAAAUGAACAAGCAGCCAUUGUCGCCCUCCAGAGGUGCUUAGAGCUGCAGCCCAGCAACCUGCAGGCGCUGAUGGCCCUGGCUGUGAGCUACACCAACACUGGCCACCAGCAGGACGCCUGUGAGGCUCUGAAGACCUGGGUCAAGCAGAACCCCAAGUACAAACACCUGGCGAAGAGCAGGAAGGGGUCUCCGGGCCUCACCCGGCGGAUGUCCAAGUCCCCAGUCGAUAGCUCAGUUCUGGAGGGAGUGAAGGAACUGUACCUGGAAGCUGCCCACCAAAACGGAGACGUGAUCGACCCUGACCUUCAGACUGGGCUGGGGGUGCUGUUCCACCUGAGCGGGGAGUUCAACAGAGCGAUCGACGCGUUCAACGCCGCCCUGACUGUUCGGCCCGAGGACUACUCGCUAUGGAAUCGUCUCGGAGCGACCUUGGCCAACGGAGACCGCAGCGAGGAAGCCGUGGAGGCCUACACACGCGCGCUGGAGAUCCAGCCGGGCUUCAUCCGCUCCAGAUAUAACCUGGGGAUCAGCUGCAUCAACCUGGGCGCCUACAGGGAAGCAGUCAGCAAUUUCCUCACUGCCCUCAGUUUGCAGAGGAAGAGCAGGAACCAGCAGCAGGUGCCCCAGCCCGCGAUCUCCGGGAACAUCUGGGCCGCCCUCCGAAUCGCACUCUCUCUGAUGGACCAGCCAGAACUGUCCCAGGCGGCCAACCUCGGUGACCUGGACGUCCUUCUACGAGCUUUCAACUUGGAUCCUUGAAGGGAAAGAAAGGAGAAGAAUCCCUUAUCUGUGUCAUUAUACUAAGAAAUAAAACACUAUUUUAUUAUGAAUUUCAAAAAGGGUAAAUACAAUAUGUAAAAGGCCAUGAUCCUAUAACCCAACAGAUUCAUCCUGCGGACAAUGCCCAGCCUCUGUUCAGAUCCAAAAGCACAAAUGCUGUAUAUAGAGUCAAAAUCAGACUCAAAAGAAGAAUUGAGAAGGUCAAGACGCUGAGAUAAGGUAACUGUACGUGGAGAUCUGCCUUCACGAGCUGCAAGCGUAUUGUGGAAUGUGUCGUUGGGGUUCUGACCCCAGUUUCAGCUGACACCAGUGAGGGACUUGCUCAGGACACGUGGGGAAAGCAUUGCCUCAGGUCAGGGAGCGCUGACUGAAAUUCCCCCUUCUGCAAGACUGAACAUAGUCUGGGCCGCUGGUGCAUGCUCGUAUAUCAGCCCUUCACUAAAGACAGGCCUUGCUUACACCUGUUCCGAUUUUAACUUUUACUGUAGCUCUUUGAUUCCAGAGAGGGAGCUUUGCUGGCAAAAGCAGUUUUUGCACUAGAAAUUUUUGCUGUUCCCAACCAAAACUUUUCUGGGAUUGUAUAUAUGCACUUUAAUAUCUUAUUUAUGCCUUGCUGGAGUUUUGUUUUGUUGCUCCAAUUUUUAACUUGGGGGUGAAAGAUUUGAGAACUCAGCCUUGUUAGAUCAACGGACCAAAUUUAAAAAAACAAUCCUGAAACAGUUUUUCAUAGUGUAGGGUUUUGAAGGAAUGUUUUUUCUUAAAGUAGAUAUGACAUAGAAUGUAAAUAUGUCAAAUAGAGAUCUUCAUAUUCAUGUUUUCUGAGACUCUGAAUGUGAGUAAGAGGUAAGGCAUAUCUCUUCAUGCGUUCUGUGCGGGGUGGGGGGGAGUUUGACGAUAUGAUUUCCAUUGAGUUCAUACUAACUUGCUGGAAGUGUCUGCUGGCUUUCUACUGCCCUGCACACUAACUCCAUACUGUUCGGAUUUUACAUAGCAGUUCUUAAAAGUGAUAGACAUUUCCCCUGAAAUUGUUUCCUUCGCUCCACUGUAAUCUGCACUGUUCAUCACGCUGCAUUCGGAAUGACGGGAGGUCAGCACUUUCUAACCGUCACUGGAUGUCGACCGUUUACUGGCAAAGAUGCGUGCUGCUUGGCUCUUUGAACAUCCAGCAAGUUCCAGGGCUUUUCUGUUGACAGUGGUGUUCACUGAAUUGAUUACAUUCCAUUUAGUUCUCCAGAGUGUUCUGUGUGUGCUUGAGCCUUGGUGAUUAUUUUGAAAGAUACAAUUUAAAAGAACUUUAAAAACUGCAAAGUGCUAUCCGAAGUAUAAACGUAAUCCAAGUCCAGUUCUAAUAAGUUGACACAUUCGUCUUCACAUUCCUCCAGAACCAUUCCCAAAGUAGUCUAAAACAUUUCCUUCUUAUUCUUGGGUUACAAAUAGCGCAUUCCACUCAUGCUUAUAGUUACACAAGCACACGUGUGUGUGCAUACACACACACACAGAAAAAAAUAAAAGAAUUUGAGUCAAAACAGGUUAGCUGACCAGAGAUGGGCUUCAGCUGAGGGCCACCUGCACACAUACCGAGAAGCCGAACGCGAAGCGCACUGUGAACCCUCUUGUGCUGCUCUUGAAGUCCGUGAGCUGCCAGGACCCCAAGGUAACAUGCAACUACAAGUUCUUGAGGCUUGUCUGUCUGAUAACCUGUUCCAGGUUAGAAAGACAAAGCACUGUGGGCACUGUGGUGGGUGCCAGCUCCUGAUAGUCACUGUCAGCCCACUGGGGCAAGCGGCAGCCCCAGCUCGACAGGGGCAGUCAGAGCCAGGGAUUCACUGGCACCCAGGCAGUCCUGGCCUGUGCUCCCCUAGUCUCGGCUGCGAGGUAAACAAGUGCUGUUCCUGAGGGUUUCCAAGUCCUAGAAACUCAGUCUUGGCGAGACUCUUGGGGCUGCUUGGAAGCCGUGGCCACCAUCCCCAAAUGCCCUGACGGAGCAGCUCCCGCCCCUGCAUGCCCCCUUCUCUCCGAGCUCUGCAUUCAGACUGGCCAGCUGACUCGGGCCAUCUAAGCCCGUGAGGAGCCUCUGAGCGAAGGAGCGAAAGCACUUGCAGGUGCCCUUGGUGAUGCGGCCUGUUCUUGCGGCCUGUUCUUCCAGCCUGCGAGAGUGAAUGUGAGACCAUUUGGUUUCAUCUGCCGCUCAGUGGUGGCAAAUUGUGUGACCCAAAUUCUAUCUUACUAGUAAACUACAAGGCAACUUCAAACUCCACAGAGUUGUCCUACAGGAGCUUAGACGACUGCCUACUCUUACCAUUAUCUGACAACUGCAGAGCAUUCAGCAGGCCUGCUCUGGUAUGUCUAGUGUCCGUCAGAGCUAGAUUUUUAUAGGUUGUUGCCUGUCACAAAGUCAAAAAUUGCUAGAGUAGAAGAAAGAGUUGAAUUUUCAAUAAUUUUCUUUGUAAAGUUUAAAAUUACUAAAAAGUAAGUGUUUAUGGAAAUAGAGCACCAUCAAAAAUUAAGUAGCAAGACUUUAGAACAGCCUUUUUUGUAUACACUGUAUACAUCUUUUUUGUUUGGCGUAUAAACGUUUUUACUUAUCUAUUUUUUUGGACAAAACGGUUACUGGCAUUUCAUCUCAUGGCACUAAAGUGUUGUUUAAAUCGUUCUUUGCAUGUGAAGGGGCAAGGCGCUCUGGUCUCUCCUGAGGCAUCCCGGGAAGGCUUUCAGUUUCUGCGUGUUGAUGAGUAGCAGCCCACGAGCUCUUCCAGGAGGCGUUCUUGUAUAAAGGUGGCUUUCAGGGCUGACUGUGCCACAGACUGGAUGAAGAUGGAGAGAAGGCGAGCGGUCACUCCGGAGCUAGGGCGGCUCGGGCUGUUUCUAUGACCUCAGCUCCUUAACUGGGGGGAGGUGGGCAAGAGCAGCCCGUACCUCCCAGUCAGAGCCCUUCUUCAUGCCCGUUACUUUCUCCCAAGAUCACGCCCAUGACUCUUGAAAGCAGACAGGUCUUGUCCACCAGGACACUGUCACGGAGAGCCUGUUCGGCUUCCUACUAGAAGGACGGAGGGACGGCACGUAACCGGAGGAGCGCCCGGAGCACAGCUUCUUCCAGGGUUCACGCCACUUUCCUUACUCUUCUCUUUAAGGAGAACUAUGGUGUUGAAACUGGGGCCCAGUCCAAGUGCUUGCACAGGAAGACCUUUCUAGUACAUUCUUGCCUUACAAGAAAGACUUUGACACAGCUGUAGCUGGUCCCUCUUAAAACAGGAGCUCCUAAACCCUUUACUAAAGCUCCUUGGGAGUGCGGAAGGAGUAAGAUGGCCACUUGAAGGUGUUCCUCACCUGCCCUGAAUCAGUCCCAUAAGCCUGGACUUUCGGUUACUGCAGUGGGGGUGACUAUUCCUCAAAACGCUUCUAGAAGCAUUCUAGAAACUGGGUAUUCUGAAGUGUGUUUUAUGCACCAUCCCUUCUUGAGCUCUCUUUAGAAGUUACUACACAUGCAUGCACGAUUUCAACUUCAUUAAAUCAUUUCAAAUUUAUUUCACAUUUAAAUUUUCACUGCAGUUUUCCUAUCAUCUAAGUAGUUUUAGAACUGGUUGAAAUUAAACUGUCUUAAACUAAGAAGCAGGCUUAUAUAUAUUUGUGAAGAGUGUACACAGAUGAAUUAUGGCAUAAAGUGUGUAAAAAGGCAAUGUUUAAAAACCCCAAACAUAUGAUAGCCUCAGGCACAAAAAUAACGCAUGCAUUAGUACUCGCAGAUCUGCCUCCUUGGGUAUUAACCAGAGCAUGCCAGGUACCUCGGCGAACGUAUACUCACACAGUGCAUGACUAAGCCUCAUAGGUCAGCUUAUUCGUCCUUGCUUCUGAGCGAGGAGCAGCUUCACGAACUUUGUGUCUCGUGUUUCUGUCUGCUUUCCUCACCCCACCCUGAGGUCGUUUCGCACUACCGCUCCGAACUUUGCAGAUACUCAGCAUCUCUGGUUUGUGCGGUCUGUAACCAGUGCCAAGCUAACCCUCUGAAGAACCCAGGUCUUUAGACAUCUGAACACUUGAAAAACCUGCCUUUCUUCUUGGAACCAGCAGAUGGUGUGAGGUUAUGUACCUGGACUCCCAUGUAGUCAACUGCAGUUUG